UGCUGGCAACUCGCUCCCUAAGACGCACACUGUACAGACUCUGUCUCUCUCUCUCUCUCUCUCACUCACUCUCUCACUCACUCACUCACUCCCAGCCUGGACUCAGACUAGGAUGGAGGAGCGAAAAUAACGGUUCGCGAAUGACGUGAGGCUCCUACUUCAGAUUUUUUUCCAAAAAAAGUAUAAACUUUUUUCGAUCUCUUGUCAGCCCCCCCCUUUUUUGAGCUUAGCUUUUGCCAAAUUAAUUUUUUUUUUUGCUUGUGUGUAUGUGUAAGAUUCUCUCCCUUUUUCACUUCACCCUGGACUCCAGGCGAAUCAGGAGAGCUCAGCCUAGUGGAAUAAAGCUGCUGUUUUAUUGACAUUUUUAUAACUGGAGAAAGCAAAGGCUUUUGGAGAGAGAGAGAGAAAAGUUGGGAGAAGUGAAAAGAUUUCCUCAGGACUGCGAUGAAGUGAAGGUGUGUUUAUCUUCGGCAGAAGCAACGUUAGCGCCUGGACUGCAGCUUCAGCGAGAAGCCAGCACUUGGCAAGUCAUUGAACUGCACAGGACUUGAGAAUCAAGCUGCCCGGCUUUGAAAAUGCACUACUCCAUUUUCACUGUUUUUCUCACGCUGGAUUUCGCAAUGAUCGCCGCUUGCUUGUCGACCUGCAACACUCUCGACAUGGAACAGUUCAUGAAGAAGAGGAUCGAGGCCAUCCGAGGGCAAAUCCUCAGCAAACUGAAACUCACCAACCCCCCGGAACAUUACCCGGAGCCCGAGGAGGUCUCGAUCGAUGUGCUCGCGAUUUACAACAGCACCAGGGAUUUGCUUCUGGAGAAAGCGAACGAGAGGGCUGCCACUUGUGAACGAGAGAGGAGCGAAGAGGAGUAUUACGCAAAAGAAGUUUACAAGAUUGAUAUGAAUCCAUUUAGCUAUCCUGAAAAUGUCAUCCCGUCCCAACAAUAUAACCCAUACUUCAGACGUGUGUAUUUAGACGUCACUUCAAUGGAGAAAAAUGUUUCGAACCUGGUGAAGGCAGAAUUUAGAGUGUUUCGUUUACAGAAUCCAAAGGCAAAAGUAGAGGAACAACGAAUAGAACUUUAUCAGAUUCUAAAAUCUAAAGAACCUUCAUCUCCAUCCCAGCGGUAUAUUGACAGUAAAGUUGUGCGAACGAGAACAGAAGGGGAAUGGCUGUCCUUUGAUGUUACUGAGACAGUUAAUGAAUGGCUGCUCCAUCGAGACAGAAACCUUGGGUUUAAGAUAAGUCUACAUUGCCCAUGUUGCACAUUCGUGCCAUCAAAUAAUUAUAUUAUACCAAAUAAGAGUGAAGAGCUGGAAGCCAGAUUUGCAGGAAUUUAUGACAACUAUCCAAGAGAUUAUUCCAGUGGAGAUAUGAGAAAACUAAAAAGUAAUCAUUAUAAUGGGAAAACGGCACAUCUUCUCCUAAUGCUACUACCAACCUAUAGACUUGAGUCACAACAAUCUAGUCGGCGGAAGAAACGUGCACUGGAUGCUGCAUUUUGUUUUAGAAAUGUGCAGGACAACUGCUGCCUACGCCCACUAUACAUUGACUUCCGGAGAGACCUAGGCUGGAAAUGGAUUCAUGAGCCCAAGGGCUAUCAGGCUAACUUCUGUGCUGGGGCCUGUCCUUACCUGUGGAGCUCAGAUACUCAACACAGCAGGAUACUUAGUCUGUACAACAAUAUAAACCCUGAAGCGUCUGCCUCCCCUUGCUGCGUUUCUCAAGACCUGGAGCCACUCACUAUUCUCUACUUCGUUGGCAAAGUUCCGAAAAUUGAACACCUCUCGAACAUGGUAGUUAAGUCUUGCAAAUGCAGCUAAGAAUGAAUACAACUCCCCUGAAAAUCCCAGGUUCAUCAGUGUUAAACAAAAGAACAAUACAUGGUACUAGUUUGAACUAUUUGGAACAUUUUUUUUCGUUUAACUACCAACAGAAGCAAAAGGAAAAAAAAAUGUACAUUGAAGGCUUUAUUCCUAUCCUUCAUCUACUAUUUUAGUGUGAUAGAUGAGACACAGAACCUUUAAAUUUAAACAAAAACACUGGAAAAAUUGUAAGUGUUAAUAUGUGAAAUAAAAAGAGUCCCACUUAGUGGAAAUGCUGUACAGGUCCCGUGCCUUACUUGAUCUUGUGUAUUGUUAUGCAAUUGGCAUCCUAUAUACUCCUUUCUUAGGGCACCAACAAAGUCAAAUGUAUUGCUGAUAUGUUCAUUGAGGGGAUGUGUUAUUGGGUGAAGUGACAGGAGACGAUAACAAACUUUGUAAUCAACACACAAGUAUGUACUUGCUGUCAGUCAAGUAUGAUACUGGCCUAGAGAAUGCUAGUGAUUACAAUUUGGGCCUAAAAAUGAGUACAUUACAAGUAAGAAGGAACAUGAGGUGGAACACUUAGCACCCAAAAGUUAGCAUGCUUGGAGGAGAGGUGUCCAAUUAAGAUAAGUAGAUGCAUUCCUGAAGAGAGAAGAGAUUGAGUGAAAUGGUGAGAAGGCUGAAUGUUAGGGUUUAAUUUUCAAAAAAAAGGACAGACUUGUUAGACAUAAUGCCCUUUCCACUAAAUACCAUAUAUUUUACUCUCUGGAUUAGCUUUAACAAAUUCAUAGGCAUAAUAGCCUGGAAAUUGUAAACUCUACUCCUGGUGCAGUCUUAUUCAACAGAAGUGUUGACUGGAGAAUUAUCUGUGGAGGUCGGCAUGGUUGAUUUCAUUUCCCAGCUGUUAAAAUCAAUGACUGGAAUAUCAGGAAUGCCAUAACUUGCUACAUAAUGGCAAACCUUUCUUUCUAAAGCAUCUUUGCUGAUAUUUUCCACUGUGCAUUGAUUCUGUACUUGCAUUUCCAGAUAGUAGCCUGAAAUUGUGAAACUUCACUCAAGUGAAGAUCAGAGAGCUAGAUGCAGGAUCAUUUUUGGGACUCAUAAUAUUCUAACCUUUAGUUUUAAUAUCCAAAAACGAAAAUUACAGCAACUCAGGCACACUAAUCUUUCCACCAACUCUUCAAUCUUACUCCUGCUGAGCUAGGUUGCACAUCAGGAGCAGACUCUUACAACUACAGGGCUAAUAUAUUUAUGAAUUUGCAAAAACAAAUGCAGAGAGCAAAAAAUGGGUGCUUAUGUCCUUUGACAUUUCUGUUUCUGGAUUUCCAUAUUUCAGCUUCAUCUUUAGGAGUAGUUAAGGAAAUAGCCCUUCCUCCCAAAUGCCAGAUAUGAUAUAUGCUAAAUUAUAUUGGCUUUAUCCUUCCUCUAAAUUAAGCAUCAGCCCAAAAAUUCCAACUCUUCUGUUUUUAAAUCUACUUGUGUGAUGCUUUUUUGUUAUCAGUUACUUAUGAGUGAACAGUUAGCAAACACAAAAAUGAAAUGUGUACAGUAUUGUUAAAAAUAAAGAAAAUAGCACAACAAUAUGAAAGUGAUGCUUCUGUUUACACCAAGCGAAAUGUUUUAUCUGUAAGGGCAGCCCAUAACUAUAACACUCAUCUGAUUAGAAUACUUGAGUUCCUUUUUAGGUUAGGUACAGGCCAAUAAUAACAGUACUAGGACAAUGCCUUUUUGGCCCAAGGCUGUAUUAGGGAUGCUGUAACAUGUUGCAUCAUGGAAUGAGAGAAUGUGGGUCUAUGUCACAGAAAAGAGAAGGAAAACCGUAGGUUUCAUAGUUCCGCAGAAACUGCAUUAAAACUCCUAUAGUUUUAAUAGAGCCCUUUCAUAGCUUUACGAAUGCUGAGAUAGUCCUCUUUCCCAAGAAAGUUUCCUUUCUUCCUCAGACUGUAUAGCAAUAGAAGGAGAAAGAACAUCUUCGGGAAGCACUCUGUGGGAGGGUGGACCACGAAGCCUGCUGAGGGCUACAAGUGAAAGGACAGUAGAUCACAAAUGUUGCCCCCUCCUGUUACACUGAAGUUUUGUUUCUUGGUCAGGAGAUCCAUGUUCCAGUCCUGGACUCUAAACAAUAGUACACAUGUUGACUGGGAUUUCUGAGCUAUAUUUGCUAUUUUGGGCGACCUAGCCCUUCUGCCAUGACCAGCAAAAUGCUGUCCCCUCGGAGAGGCAUUCAAUUUAAAUCCCAGACAAGAGACAGCAGAGUGACUACAAAUCCAGCUAGAUGACUCAUCACUAGAAAUGCUGACUUAGAAUGUUUAACCCAGACAAAGUUGUGGGAUAAAAAGAGAACUGGGGACUGAGACUAAUUAGAUAAUUCCUUCAAAGGGCUGACAGAGGCAUAUUGGGCCGAAUGCCUCCUUCUGUGCUGUAUGAGUCAAUGAAAAGCUACUGGGGGAGAGAUUGCUUUACACAUUGCUCUAGUGAUGUUUCUGGUGGGUGACUAUGGAGCAGCAUUUAUGGUGCAGUUGGAGAACAGCAUUCAUCACCUCUAUGGUUGCACCUCCCAGCUGAGAAGGACAACAUGAACAUGGGGUGGAAGGACUUACAUAGGGAAUUAUGAAAAGUCAAGUUUGAUUAAACAUAGACCCUAUAUUAUUUCCAACAUUUUAAUUCAGAUGUCAUUUUAAUAGUAAUUUCAAGAAGUCUUACAAUGCUAAACCAUGGGAAUAUCCCUCUGUUGUGACUAUUUCCAUUCACUUGGUAAGUGUAAAGUAAACAUAACGUCACUAGAAAAAUAUGCAAGAAACUGUGUGCUAAAAUUUCACAAGUUAACUCAUGGAAAUAAGCAGUGACCUUUGACAGCUUCCUUAAGAUAUACAGUGGAAAAUGUGCUGAUGUAGUUGUCUAAAUAAAAUAAAUAUCCAGAUCCCCUUUA